AUGGCUGAUAUCACAGACCUUGUGAGUUUCGAUGAAGGCGACUGCAACAACACGCAACCCAAAAUACGAGCAUAUGAAGAGAUCCUGGUCAGAUACAAGGACCUCGAGAGCAAGAUCGGUGGUGGAAUCGUGCAGGAUAGUACGUCACCUGAUUUGGACACGAGACAAUACGUCGUCGUCAUUGUGGAUGGGCACAGCCACCAGUUUCACCCCAAGUAUUUAUACGGUGCGGAAUCUGGUGGUAGCCAGGCCGCCAAGAUUUUGAAAGAGGCUACAGUGAAGUACCUCGAACAACACCAUCCUCACAUCAAAUCAAGGCAAGUACAUGCCCGUAUAUACGCGAACAUUAAGGGGCUCUCGAACAAUGUCGCCGAGGCGCGCAACAAUAGUAACAAGAAGCUCAAGCUGCCGCCGUAUCCUCGUGCCCUUGGGGCAUUUGCAGCGGGGUUUUCCAGGACGGAAGCCUUUUUUUAUUAUGUGGAUGUGGUAGAACACGAGGAUGUGGUGAUGAAAGUCACUGCAUUAUUCUCCCCUUACAUCAGAGACCCUCUGUGUGCGCACGUUUUUCUUGCUGCCAGCGGCAGUGAAAAAUACGCCCGCCUAGUCGAUGAGCACUCUCAGUUUACUCAUCGAUUUACGAUGAUCACCUCUGGAGGACUCCAACAGAGUCACACAUACUCGGACAAAGAGUGUGCAACCUUCGCCGACGUAUUCGAGCAACAUGGAAGUAGCCGCACUCACACGGAGGUAGCGAUCAACGCUGUGAAAACACAAAAGAAGCCGUCGAAAGUAACCUCAGGCCUAAAGGCCACAUCUCCUAUACCGAGGCCGCCCAACAGCAUUCCAAUCAACACCGACGGCAACAGAGUUGACCAUUAUAUGGAUCCGCCCACUAACUUCCAGUGGAGCAUAUACCAGGCACGCAUCUCCAAAGACAAGCUAUGUACGCCUUUCUAUUUGGGGGCAAGAUGUGAAAACAGGUUGACCUGCACAUACGACCACAAGCCCAUCACCCCAACCAUGAAGUAUUGUCAUCGGUAUGCUAUGAGGAAAGCGCCGUGCCAGAAGGGCGGCACCUGCCGUACCGGCGGUUGCGUUAUGGGGCAUACAUGCCGUGAUAUUGCGUGCAAGAAUGGGCGGGUUCGACGCUGCAGGAUGCCACCCCAGAUGCACGACAUUGACCUGGAAGUAGCUAAAUUGGUGAAGCCUGGCGAAUACAACGGUGGUAUGUAAAAUAAAGAUGCCGAUAGUAAGAAGCCAGAGGGGUCGGUGGAGUCGUGCGGUGCUCGCACUGGCAUAUUGAUUGAUAUCUGAGAUGGCUACGUGGGAGGGGUCGGCUAGGAUUGGAAGAUGGCUGAAUCAUUGGAUGACUCCGAAGGGCACGUACACGUUACGGAUUUGAAGUGUAUACGUGCAUCCAGGAUUAUACAUCACACGAAGCAGCUGCAGAAGGAUGCUGCCCGAUUUCAUGUGUUCCAUACAUCAGGUAGACAAUACCAGCAAAAUUACCCAAA